CCAGCCGGUGGCAAAACGUCAAACUCUAACCCCAUCGCAAAUCCACAAUGCGACCCUUGUUGUAACUAAAUAAAAUGCCUUUUUACGGUGAUUUAGUUCGCUUCAAACGAUUUAUCUUUCUUUGACGCUUAAAUUUCGUCGGCACAUCUUCAUUCCAAUAUUCUAAUUAACAAUUAAUUUUGAUAAUGGCCAGUAUAGCCGCGAAAAGCAAAAAAGGAACAGUGAUCCACAGAACGACCAGCGAGACCUUAAGAUUGGGGGAGGACGCUCUUAGGGGCACACCGAUACCAAGAAAAAAGUCACAGGUAACAUCACCAAGUUGUUCUUUUCAAAUAACAGGAGUGCUGACUAGAUAUGAUAUGGAAGACGAGUCAGCUGAUGAUCUGGACGAGAGUCAUACCGAUGAGAUAUCCAGAGUGACUGAUAAUGAAACACCGAGUUUUUCGGAGGAUUCUAAAGACGAUCAGCAAGUACCAAACAUACCGUCAACACAACCAGUCCAAAAUCAAAACCUAUCCAACGCAAAUUUAGCUGUACCUUCAGCAGAGAAGCAUGUUCCAAUCAUAACCAGCGAGAAAGUUGAAAAAACUAAGUCGAACAUAAAUACCGACUUAGGAAGGUUUAGAGUAGUCAAGUUGGCCAGUAUGGUGCCGUUCAGCAGAGGAAGAUGGACUUGUUACGACUAUUUGGACGAAUCUGCUGAAGGAAAAGCAACCUUGAACAUCAGUACAUCCGUUACAUCCAUUUCUUGUUGGAGCACGGCAUCCCAACCAAGCUAUUUAUAUACAGGGUCUAUAUUAAUGCCUGAGGAUAUACCAAUUUUCGUCCCAUUGUCUACCAACCAUCUAGGACCAUAUUCGUCAGAAAACAAUCUGCCAAAAACGCGCCAUGCUAGUUUUACAAGUUAUAACAGUAUGGAGACUGUUAUUAACAAUUCUAAUUUAGAUUCUAACCAAAAUAAACAAAUUUUUCCUACAGUUGCUCAAAAUGAUAAUUUAGUAGGCACUAACAACGACCUCGCAAGUUCAAAUGACAAUAGUUGUGUUCCAUCUUCAACAACAAUUGAUACAAAAAUCGAACAUGCCUUAGACGUGGUAAAGAAUCACCUCACCCUUGCUGUUCGCUUGGAAGUUGAAGAACUUAAAAUUAAAAUAAACGAAUUGGUGGAACGCAUAUCUCAUUUAGAAUAUGAAAACGACCUUUUGAGGGCAAACGUUACACCAGAAGUAUUGGCUACAUUGGGCAACAUUAGAAAGCAUUAAUGAUACAAUUUAAUUCUUCCAAGCCAGCUUCACAAAAUUAGUUAACCCUUGACAAAAAUUAAUCAAUAUAAGAAGAUAAUCAGGAAGUAUUAAAAGUAUUACAAACUCGUCUUUCAUUAUUUAGCUAAAUUUGUGAAGAUCAUAUCUAUAAUCAUAUAUUUAAAUACUUUAUUAGGUAUGUACUUCCUUUCAUGUCUUCUCUGGCUACUUUACUAAAUUUUACAAGUAACUCACAGCUGUAAAGAAUUGCUUAUUCCAAUUCUUUGUUUUAUAUUCUCUUUCAUUAUUUUAUAUUCUAAAUGUACCUAGUUAGCAAUAAUAAGUCAUUAGUAGAAUUAUAUUUAUUAAAAGGCACGACAACCUAAAAGAAAUAACACUUUCAAAUUAGGCUAUUUAUUUUUUAUAUAAAAAUAUUUGAAGGUAUGUAUAUCACAGAAUGGCUAAAGGAAAAUUGAUGAGUCCUUUUGAAUAAUAAUAAUUCUACUAAAAUAAAAACUCUUCUAAAAAGAAAAUAUACUAAUACCCUUUAUUAGUUAUGAAGCUACGCUUAUAGAUUUUUAAUUUAGAUUUAUAUAUACAUAUAACAAAAAGAUUUUUGAUACAAUUCAAUCUAGAAAUCUAUUCCUAGAUAAUAUGACUGAAUCUGUGUUUUUUUCAAUGUUAUAUAAGUAUUCAAGUUUUAGUUUUUUACCUAAUAUAUAUCUAGACGUUAAUAAUAACUAAAGUAGGGGCAUUUUAUAACAACAAUCAAAAAAUAAAAAUUAAUUGUGAAAGUUCGCUGUACAAAAAAUAUAACACUUCCUGUUGGCCUUCGUAAUGAAACAUAUAUUCCAGUACGAUAUUACCAUGCAUUUAAUUUUGUAAUAAAAUCAAAAGCAUAAUAUAAAAAACUUGUUAAUUUUGAAGUACCACUAAAUGUUAAACCAUAAAAAUAUCUCCUAAGAUCUAAUAUAACCUAACCAACAGAUUAUGGCUACAAUAUCGUUAAAAAUGCCCCCUUUAAAGUUAUAGUAUCUAUAUAUUGUAUUUUUUAAAUUAUGAAGGAAUACAAAAUCAAAUAUGAAACCAAAUUGUUAUCAUAUAUGUUUCCAUUUUAUCUUCCAGGUAAAUGAUUAGUUAUGUGAAGAAAUGUGAUCAUACAGUAAA